AUGACAGUAGAACACGUUUUACUGAACUGCCCUAAGUGGUCUACAGAGAGGGAAGAGCUCAUACACCCCCUCUGUACGACCGACAUCAAGGAAAUCCUGACCUCCAAGAAGGGGUCAAAGGCAGCCAUCAGGAUGAUCCAGCAACAACGUCUACAAGGGUCAAGCGGAAAUCAGGAAGAGGAAGAGGACAGAAUGGAGGAAGAGGACAGAAUGGAGGAAGAGGACAGAAUGGAGGAAGAGGACAGAAUGGAGGAAGAGGACAGAAUGGAGGAAGAGGACAGAAUGGAGGAAGAGGACAGAAUGGAGGAAGAGGACAGAAUGGAGGAAGAGGACAGAAUGGAGGAAGAGGACAGAAUGGAGGAAGAGGACAGAAUGGAGGAAGAGGACAGAAUGGAGGAAGAGGACAGAAUGGAGGAAGAGGACAGAAUGGAGGAAGAGGACAGAAUGGAGGAAGAGGACAGAAUGGAGGAAGAGGACAGAAUGGAGGAAGAGGACAGAAUGGAGGAAGAGGACAGAAUGGAGGAAGAGGACAGAAUGGAGGAAGAGGACAGAAUGGAGGAAGAGGACAGAACAGAGGAGGAAGGAGGGGGAAGGAGAGAAAUGAAGAAGGGAGGACUGUACGAGUAG